GGAUCCAUUGCAGCUCCAGGCACAAUUUGCAUUUCAAAUAUUGUCACGCAACACCUGGGGUGACAUAUCCUUCUGAUACAGGAGCUGUUCUGCCCUCCAUCUAAAGGUCUAUUACGAGACAAGCAAGCCAUCCUUUCGGCCCGGGAGGCAAAUACGUUGCACCAAACAUGAAUUAGAUUCCACGCAUUAUUGCCACGACGUUGUGGUUCACUUUUACGCGAGUCGACGACUAGUCUCCCUCUUUAUGUGAUACUCUGUUGGCGAUCUCUUCGUCACUGACUUCAACAUGGCCUCCGAAUACUUCUCCGAUAAUGAGAUCUUCAUCAGCAACCAACCUCUACCGUCACCCGUCGAUACACCCUAUGCGUCUCUAUCGCGUCGCACGUCAAGAUACGGAACGCCUGCGAGCGAGAUGCCACCUUCUCCAGCACCAUUCCCUCCCGACCCCUUUGAUGUGGGCAAUGAUAAUGAAAACGAAGAAAUAUCUCCUCUCGAUCCUCGUAGAUUCACACCCACACUACACGCCUCGCUUGUGUCUGAAAUCCUUAACCUGAGGAGGGAACUGGACUCUAAGCACAAGGUCAUCGAGGAUUUGGAGACGGAUCUUCUGGCCACCCGCGAUGAAAACGCUUCCCUGGCAGAUCAAUUCAAUUCGAGUACACGCGAAAACGAUGCUGUGAAACGGCAACUUCAACAAUUGGAGAACGGAACACUGUCAGCUCUCGAGGAGAUAGCUGGUGAACGAGACAAGGCGCAGGAGGCGAACUCGGACUUGAAAGAGAAACUCGAAACCAUACAGAAGAAGCUACGGGGCCAAGAAGAUGAUUCUACGCGCGUUCAUGACAUGUGGGCGCGAGAGAAGGAAGUCUGGGCUGGCGAAAAAAGGACCCUAGAACGGCGAGUCCAUGUGUCGGAGAGCCGUCUGAAAAUGCUGCUCGACGAGAUCGCCAUGCAGGAGGCCGCCCAAGAAGAGCUCGGACAGGACAGCGAAGUCGAGGAUUUGCCUAGAGACGGCGGGUUGGGCCACGAGAGUGACACUGCUAGCAUACGUUCAUCACCCCAACGACGACCCUCUACUAGAGUCGCGAGACAUUCAAGGAACCACAGCAGUGGAAGUUAUCGAAGUAUCGGACGUAGCUACCGUAUGUCGCUCAUGAGCGGGACAGGUUCUGAAGGCCACGGACGUCUCAACGGUCUGAGUCUGGCAGAUGAGCUAGUAUUCGACGAAGAAGAGGAAGACCUGGGAGACCUUGAAUUGGAUUCGGACGACUUUCCUGAACAUGAGAUGCGCGCAAGGCGAGCACUGGAGUCGCGGCAAUCGAUGUAUCCGGACGAAAAGGCGAAACGUAUCCUUGGUCUCAGUAUGGAGAACCAGCAAGCCGACAACAAGGAUCCCCAGCCUACAGUUGAACAGUCCGAACUCCCCAAGACCAACGGUCAUGUAUCUCAUACAAACAAUUCGUCUCUUACCAUCUCGCCAAACGGCCUGAGCCUGAUCUUCCCGCCCACUCUGCCCCAGUAUGUCGACACUGGCGUACAGCCAUCACCCCCGUCAUCUCCGACACGACCGGACUCAUCUGCCUCGAUGUCACAUACUUUGAAGGGCAACGACUCGACUCUUUCUAUUUCAGAUGUGGAGGCCAACCAAAGCCGGAAGCGCGUUUCUGUACCUGGCAGUUCAGGGACUCAACAAUUUGCACCGUCGCCGCCGCCGCUGCCACCAAAGCUGCCCGCUCGUCUCACAACAUCGACAUCAUGCCAAACUGUGGAGCAGCCGUUAAGCCCCCCGGCCACUCCCACCAUUGUCAGUCCCAGCCUCCCGACGCCAACAACAUCCGUCUUCAAGCCUGAAGUCGCCUCUAUUGCUACACAGACAGAUCUGGUUGAUGAGAUCAAAGAGACAGUCCUUGAGCUCAAAGUCGAGGCUGACGAAGAAAAAAUCCCACCUCCAACACGUGCUGCUCCGCCGACGCCGAUUUCGAUCCCGUCGAUCGCCAUUCAUGCACCCUCGUCUGCACCAAACUCGCCCAAAGAACCUAUAUUGCCCCCAGGAACUAAGACUACAGCCACUCAAACAACAGGCGAUCUGAUGUCGGUUCGCUCUUUCGGUAUGCAGACUGAGCCGAUUCGUAUCGACCAACGCCCUGUGAAGCUUCCACCUCACCUUCUUCCCUCUGCCAUCUCCUCCAAACCUGGUACACCAGAGCCCAAACAGGACCGCACAUCCCAAAAUGUCAACCGAAAGGAUUCUCACAAUCCCGUUGGCCAGGAAAAGACCAUUGCCGCCCCUACAGCACGCCAGGAUCUUACCAGUCUUCUCGAAAAGGCUGCGCAGGGCAAGAUCGAGGACUUCUACCCUGGAAACAACGACAAUGGUCCUUUGGCUCGCAACAGGGACAGCAUAUUGACACGACCUUUCCGGACGAGCAGCUUGUUCGCCGGCUUCGAUGGACCAUCAUCUGACGAGGAAGAAGACGUGAACGGUGAGCUUAGCGAUGAUGAGCAGCGGGGAUACUCUACACCAAUGCUAUCAUCACGCAAUGUGAAGAACGGGCGCGUAUUCAACAGCCCACCGACUCCUGUCCCUGAAGACAAGGAGGUCGUGUCCAAGUCGCGUCCAUCAGAAGACUCAGUGGCCUCAAGCAGAAUACUAUCCAACCGCAGUUCAUUGGAAAAACCAUCAAAGGUUGGGAAGCCAGUCCGAACGUCACUCUCUCGACAGCCCAGCAUCCGCCGAUCGGCUAUGAUUCACAAUGGCACUGCUGCUCAUAUGCGAUCUCGAAGCCCUAGCAUCGGUAGCAUUGGAUCGAUUCAGCACAUCGCCAACGGAUUCAUCGGAACAGGCCAGCCGCCAUUCCCUGUGCCGACUCGAUCUAGCUCGCGCAAUAAGCCCCUGAGCAAGAGUGAAGGCUCCCAAAGCCCAACCCCGCGUAGUAGUGGCGCCUACCAGGGCCGAAGACCGUACGGAACCAGAGGUCACCAGCGCAAAGACAGCCUACGGAAGGUACGGUCUGCUGCAGUCAUUCCCAAGACCACACGAUCCCGUAGUCGAUCGCCAUCUCUUCCUGAAACCCCAAUGGAGCCUCCAAGCCCAUCACUACCGCCUCUGCCGACUGACAUGAUAACUGGCCAUCGCUUCGGUCACAGGCCUCAGCUAUCCACCACUACCGCCAACACCGGCAACGGUUCUGGUGGCAGUCUUCACUCACAAACCAGCGUUGUGGACGCCAUUGCAGCCACCAUGGUUGGAGAGUGGAUGUGGAAGUACGUUCGCAAGAGGAAGACCUUUGGCGGACCUGAAUCUUCUCCAGCAGAUCCCAUCCGUGCUGCGGAUGAGGCCGCUGUCUUGACCAGCAACGGCGUUCGUCACAAGCGCUGGGUGUGGAUAUCACCAUACGAGCGCUCGGUGCUCUGGAGUAGCAAGCAGCCGACUACGAGUUCUGCCCUCAUUGGCAAGAGCGGUCGUAAACUUACGAUCCAGUCUGUUCUCGACGUUGCCGACAACACCCCCGUUCCUAAGAAUGCCGGCACAGAAGUGCUCUUCAACCGCUCCAUUCUGAUCCUAACUCCGGCGCGCGCCCUCAAGUUCACCGCUGCUACGCGUGAACGCCACUACCUCUGGCUGACCGCUUUGUCAUUCCUCGCUCAUUCGAAUGCGCCGAUGCCUGAGAUCAAUCCAGCCCCGCCUGUCCCACCGCCAGCAGAAGAGAUGGCACACAAGCCCUCGACCGCUACUCUUCGUCGCUCGCACGUUCGUGACUCGGUCCGCCUGGCGAAGAACAAGGCGAACCCCGUUGCCCAGCGUUAUGCUUCUCGUGCAGAGCCCAUGCCUGACUUCUAUUCCAGGCCUGGAGGAGGAUUCGACGCGCCUGUUCCUGAAUCCGCCAGCCCACCAGCCAUCCGCCGCGGUCCUUACCACGGUCGAAAGAGGAGCUCCACUGGCCCAGGUGCCCCUCCUCCCAGUGUCCCGUAUCGUAGCUUUUCUCACCAAGCCGUCCCAUCAUUGUACUCGACAGGUUCUUCCGAUUUGUACAGCAGCAAUGUUCCCCCAUCCGUUCCCUCGUCUGUGUAUAACCCACACAGCGCAAUGGCCAGCACACGAACAUCGGAAGCGAGCAGCUCCACACGACAACACUUCUUCGAUUCCAUGGGUACCGUGCGCAUGGAAGCGUUCAUCGAUAACUCCCUCGGCGAGGACCCGCAUAGACAUGCACCCAAAGUUCGAGGGCACCGACGACGAGGCAAUAGUCAAUGGAGCGCCAGCACCAACGACCACCGAGCGACCGGCGGACUGAACGAGGAACUCGCAUAUGAAUCCAACGAUCUCUUCCAUGGAUUUUAGUUCGCAAUUUUAUGAAUCCAUG